UGGAUACCACACAGAGUGAAUCUAUCGUUGGCGAGCACAUGGAGAGGAAGUUUGCUGUGGUGCAGUGGAGUGAAGGGGAGGAUUCUGGGAAGCUCAGUGAAGUAAAAACUGAUACCAUUCGGGGAUAUGAUGAUUCAAAGAUGGACCAGCAUGGGAAUCCCAUAUCCACCUACUCAGCCGUUAUCGAAUGGCGCCAUGGGAAGAAACCACGAGGAGGGUGGCCUCACUACAGAGGCACUGUUGUUUUUGUCAGUGAAGUCAAAGGCUCUCACAAGGAAGGACCCUGCAGAAGAUUUCCUUGAGAAGUACUGUCAUUCAGAGCCUACUUCAGAUGAUAGAAGUCCGAGAAAGACAAUAUUUGUAUUAAAGCAGGAGAUCAAAGACCUGAAAGAAGAGAAUGCUAAAUUGAAGGAGAUGGUUGUUCAAGAUGUGCCAGAAAUCCUACGGACCAUGAAGAAUAUCCUUGAUUCGGCUGUGCCUCCUAAGAGAUCCAGGUUGGACCUUACCACACCACCGCUGCCCCCCCAAAGUUCCUAUUCUUCAUCGGCAAAUUCAUCGCCAUCCCUCCCCAGAUCUACCCCGCCCAGUUCCAUGUCUGAAUCUGUUACUCCAUCGCUGACGGACUCCCAGUCUUCUAAGGUGGAGAUCCAUCCUGGGACUGGAGUCAUGGUUGAGAAACUGGCGUGGACCUAUGCCCUCAAUGCAAAUUCAGCUACAGUAUUUGUGAGGCAUCUGCUCACAGCAGUCUUCCCACUGGAGAUACUGCUGUUGAGCAAUCUUCGAGGGGGCAAACGAGGCGGAGGAGAUGCUCGUCUACCACUGGACAAAAAAAAAUUGGAUGCCAUUUACAGUGCAACUCUUGAGAGGUGGCCUGGGACCCAGCUCUCCAGCAUCGGAACCACAAUCAAUGGCAAGAUCACAGAGCUCCGGACCAAAAGUAAAAAUGUUGCUGUGUCCACAGCAUCAUCUUAAAUUGUUGUUAAUCUGCUUGUUCAAUCAAUACUAUC